AUGAAACUUGCGCCCACCUACAUAUUCGACGACACUUCGAAACAGCUAAUGUCGAUAACAAAACGGGGUCAUGCUUUCUCAAGGGAUAUGCAGAAUCGCUGCAACCUACCAUUGGUAAAUAAAGUCAAGGAAGAUAAAAGAACUGAUGUGCGGAAGCUGCUUUGUGCAAGAUUUGGCCAAGAGUGGGAAGAUGACAUCCCGCUAUCGUCGUUUUUGUUUUUUCAUCAUGCCUUAAAGCCCAUGACAGAACCAGACGCUGAAAGUGCAAAUCCAGACACUGAAAUUACAGAUCCCGCCAAAGAUGUAACUGAACAAACGUCCAUGUGCGACUGCCUCGAAGAAGAUCCUACCGAGGAACAAAUUUGA